GUUUCACCUUAUUUUUCGAUGUUCAAUCCUAAAAACGUUGAACGGCGAUAAAUAAUGAGCGCUUGAGCGCCUAUCAUGACAUCUCCUGAAUCCUGAUCGUCUACGACAUUGGAUAACUACUUUGUCAUAGGGGACUAUAUUUCUUGGUUCGGAAACAUGUGCUUCUGCCGCACCAAUUCCGCCAAUUGAUUCCCCAAGUUCAAGAGUCAAACCGCGACUUUUCAUCACACGACUUUCACGAACAGCUGCUAUGGAACUCGUUGAGCGCGCCGUCCCUAAGAACUAUAGCUCAUUGUCGCUUCGUGCCGACUCCACUUCUUUCAAUGGCGGCGAUGUAUCGUUCAUUAUCGUUGCCGGCGCAAUGGUGUUGCUCAUGGUUCCCGGUCUAGCAUUCCUCUACUCCGGCCUCGCUCGUCGAAAAAGCGCUUUGUCGUUGAUAUGGGCCGUCGCAGCGAGUAACGCUGUUGGUAUCUUCCAGUGGUGGUUUUGGGGCUACUCUUUGGCCUUUUCGUCUUCCGCUACGAAUGGCUACAUCGGCAAUCUUCGCAACUUUGGGCUCAUGAAAGUGCUCGGAGACCCUUCCCCCGGAUCACCUCUUAUUCCAGAAAUUUUAUACAGCUUCUUUCAGAUGGAAUUUGCAUGCGUGACUAUUGGUAUCCUGAUGGGCGGUAUCGCUGAACGUGGCCGAGUUCUGCCCGCAAUGGUCCUUACAUUUACAUGGAUGACUUUGGUAUAUUGUCCUCUGGCUUGCUGGGUAUGGGGGGUGAACGGUUGGGCGUUUUCGUGGGGAGUACUUGAUUUCGCAGGUGGGGGUCCCGUCGAAAUAGGUAGCGGCGUCAGUGGCUUGGCGUUAGCUUGGGUAAUAGGCCGCAGACAGGAGAAGGAACUGCUCAACUUUCGCCCCCAUAACGUCUCACUCGUUUGUCUGGGGACAUUUCUGCUCUGGUUUGGCUGGUUAGGCUUCAAUGGUGGUUCCGCCUUUGGCGCAAACCUUCGAGCAAUCGUGGCUAUAUGGAAUUCCAUGCUCGCGGCUGCGUUUGGUGGUAUGGUUUGGUGUAUAAUGGAUUUUCGAUACGAGAAACAUUGGAGUAUGGUUGGCUUCUGCUCUGGAACUAUCGCUGGUCUCGUUGCAGCCACACCAUCGUCCGGAUUCGUACACCCCUGGGCUUCAGUAAUCAUAGGGAUUGUUUCGGGUGCUUCGUGCAAUCUGGCGACCAAAUUAAAAUUUCAUUUCCAAAUCGAUGAUGCUUUGGAUCUGUUCGCAGAACACGCUGUUGGUGGCAUCGUCGGUCUCUUUUUAAAUGGAUUCUUUGGGACGAAUGAAGUUAUCCGGCUUGAUGGUGUCAACACGUCUAUUCCUGGUGGCUUUAUGGAUCACAAUUGGAAACAACUUUACAUCCAGUUUGCGUACAUUUGUGCUACGUGCUCGUAUAGCUUUUUCGUCACCGCCGCACUGGCUAAAAUUAUUGACAUGAUACCUGGGUUGAAGCUUCGAAGUACUCCCGAGGAUGAGUGCCUUGGAAUGGACGAAGUUGAGAUUGGUGAAUUCGCCACCGACUACAUUGAAAUUCGACGGGACGUCACGGACGGGUUGUUCAUGAACAGCGAUAGUUUAUCAGAGCAUCCAGUUGCUGCUGGAGAUCGACAUGGUCGACCGGACAAUCAACAGUCUACCAUGUCAAACGGGAAUGGGCACGUACACCAGGGUUCAAUUGAGAUGAAACACGACAGCAAUGACAUCGCAGAUAUAAAGGAAAAGAGUUUUUUCCAGCAUACUUGCCCAUCAAUAUCUGCGCUUGAAAGGAAAGGAAGAUAUACCUAUCGCAGUGCGACUGUGCGUAAAAUGGCGAUAUUAUCGCAUCAACCCUCAAUGAAACAACCUCAUUUCACCUUGCUUGAUAUCUUAUGAGCGAAAAAAAAUCUGUACAGUGUGAUCGAUCUAUCAUCAAUUCAAGAUUGGCAACAACUGAGCAAGUCGAGCGCUUACAAUGUGCUCAUAAAUACUGAACGCAUUCGUAAGACUUAUCCCAACUCUCGAUUGAAAAUUUCUUGCUGGUCAAGGAAUCCCAGUUGCUUU